GAUUGUUAUCAACAAACCACGGGGAUGAAGCCACCAGUAACUAAAAUACAGGAAACUCUAGUCUCCGGUGAUAAAUAAGAGUCGCAACAGCACAGGAUGCGUGCAGGGCAGCUCCUUGGGCCAAAGGGAUCUGAAAGGCAAACAGCUUCUGCUCUUUUGUUCUAACAUCUGAUGUGUGUCCCCUGCAGGUCCCAUCUGUGCAUCUGGUGCCUGGGACAGCAACAGCACCGAUCCUGCCGCUCUCUGCCAGACCAGACCAAAGCAACCAUGGGAAUCGCCCUUUUCUUCCUAGGCCAGGCAUUGCUUUGGGGGGUGCCCUCGUGGGCGAGUGAGGAGGCAGAGGCCCUGUGCGCCCAGACUGCCUGCUACACCAUCCACUGGGGCAAGCACAAUUGGGCGGAUGCCCAGGAGAACUGCAAGAGAAAUGGAGGCAACCUGGUGACCAUGAAGAGCCAGGAAGAGGCCUUGCAUGUCCAGGAUCUGCUAGCCAAGCUGCCCAGGAGGGAAGCUGGGCCAGAGGGGCAGGCGAGGCUUUGGAUCGGGCUCCAUCGGGAGAAGGGCAAGUGUUACCAGCAGCACCAGCUCCUCAAGGGCUUCAGCUGGGCCUCCGGCGGGGAGGAGACCAACUACACCGGCUGGCUGCGGGAGCCCCGGGAGACUUGCACGAGCAGGCGCUGCGUGAGCCUGCCCUGGAACAGCACCGCCCCCAGCUCCCCCGGGCUGGGCUGGGCCGACGGGCCCUGCAGCGGCUCCUCCGCCAGGGUCCAGGGCUACCUCUGCAAGUUCAGCUUCCAGGGCAUGUGCCGCCAGCUGGCGCUGGCCGGGCCCGGCAGCGUCACCUACACCACCCCCUUCGGCCUGAACAACGCCUCCCUGGCGGCCGUGCCCUUCGGCUCCCUGGCCGCCGUGUCGUGCGAGGGUCAGGCGCCGGGGCCCUUCCUGGUGUGCACGGCGCAGGAGGGCGGCGUGUUCGCGUGGAACAGCCCGGGCCCGCUGUGCGCCUCGCCCCGCCACGGCUGCGCCUACAGCAACGGGGGCUGCCAGCACCAGUGCCUGGAGCUGGCCGGCGGCUCGUUCCGCUGCGCCUGCCGCGCGGGCUACCGGCUGGGCGGGGACCUGCUCUCCUGCUCGCCCGUGGACUACUGCAGCGCCCGGCCGUGCCAGGGGCUGUGCCUGGGCCGGCCGGGGGGCUUCGAGUGCCGCUGCCCCGCGGGCUACGCGCUGGCCGGGGACGGGGUGAGCUGCGGGGACGUGGACGAGUGCCUGGAGGAGCCCUGCCAGGGCGGCUGCCUCAACACGGCGGGGGGCUUCGCCUGCACCUGCCCGCCGGGCUACGAGCCCGCGGGGCCCGGCGGCCGCCAGUGCCGGGACUUGGACGAGUGCGCCCAGGGCGCGCCCUGCGCCCAGCUCUGCGCCAACACGCCGGGCUCCUUCCUCUGCGCCUGCCGGCCGGGCUACCAGCGGGGCCCCGACGGGGCCUCCUGCCGGGACGUGGACGAGUGCCUGGGGGAGCCCUGCCAGGAGCGCUGCGUCAACCAGCCCGGCAGCUACCAGUGCCUCUGCCCGCCGGGCUGGGCGCUGGCCCCCAACGGCGUCUCCUGCCUCUCCGGCUCCAGCCCCACCACCGCCGGCAGCGCGGCCCCGUCCCUGUCCCUGCGCCCCCCAGGAGAAGAGGAGCCGACGGCUGGGGGUGGACAGCCGCCGGACACCCACCCUGCUACCGAGAGCCCAGCCCCGCGCUCUGAUCCAACCACCCGAUCCCAGCCAGGGGGAGCAGAACCGAGCACCCUCCAGCCAGCUGCCGUCAGCAGGGCGGCAGGGGUUGGGGAACCCAUGAUGAAACCCGACGCUGACCAGGCCACCGAUGGCCCCAAACUGCUCCUGUACUAUAUCCUGGGCAGCGUGGUGGUUAUCCUGCUGCUGAUGGCUUUUGCCCUGGGCUUGCUCAUCUAUAGGAAGAGGAAAGCCAAGAAGGAAAAGAAGAAAGCCAGGAGCGCCACAGACAACUACUGCUGGGUACUUGAGCAGGCAGAGAAAAAAGCAGUAGACAAUGACUACAGGUAAAGGCAGGAGUCUGCAGAAAGGGUAGCAUGCUUGCAAGGACUAGGGUAGCAUCAGGGUUCUCUGGAGAGAGGGAACACUAAACUAAGGAUAAUUGUGUGCAGCAGAGAAUAUUUCCCAUAUUAUAUAAAACUAUGCUUUCAUUAUGUGACUUAACUUUUGUUUUCACUUUAGAACCCUGGGUUUGGCAUUGUCUCAGUGUCAGAGGAACAGUAAGUCUGCCACUUGGAUCAUGAUCCCCCUGCUGUUCCCACUGAAAUCAGUAUCAAAACUCCCACUGAUUUUAAUAGGAAAAGGAUUAGGCCCAGAGUGAUAGGUUGCUUUUGAAAAAUAAAAGCAAUCACACUGAAGAGCUCAUUGGAACUUUCAAAAAGGUAAACAUCUUUACAAUCAGAAUAAUCAUGGCCCUGAUCUUGCAAACACUUGUGUACCUGACAGGUUUCAGAGUGGUAGCUGUGUUAGUCUGUAUCACCAAAACAACAAGGAGUCCUUGUGACACCUUAGAAACUAACAAAUUUAUUUAGGCAUAAGCUUUCGUGAGCUAAAACCCACUUCAUCAGAUGCAUGGAGUGGAAAAUACAGUAGGCAGGUAUAAAUACACAGCACAUGAAAAGAUAGGAGCUGCCUUACCAAGUGGGGGGUCAGUGCUAAUGAGCCAAUUCAAGUAAGGUGGAAGUGGGCUAUUCUCAACAGUUGACAAGAAGGGGUGAAUACCAAGGGAGGAAAAAUCACUUUUGUAGUGCUAAUGAGGCCAAUGUAAUCAAGGUGGCCCAUUUCAAACAGCUGACGAGAAGGUGUAAGUAUCAGCAGGGAAAAUUAGUUUUUGUAGUGAUCCAUCCACUCCCAGUCUUUAUUCAGGCCUAAUUUGAUGGCGUCCAGUUGAGAAAGCAUAAGAGGAUGCAAGAUCAAGAAGUUAGGAAAAAGUAUUUGAGGAGGAGUUGCCCAUCUAUUGUCACUUAGGAUAGAAAAUAAUCUCCUCUUUCAAAAUAUAGUAAUAUCAAAACCCAAACCAUGCCUGUUUUAUUCAAAUAUGUGUGUAUUACAGUGUCAUAGAAGCUUGUAAGUAGUCCAGGCUGAGUAUAUUUGUUUUUCACCCAUUGAUGAGAAACUGCCUGGGGUUGUAGUGUAUUUGCUAAUUAGGGUAAUUAGGCUAUCCCCUUCCAAAGUCAUAUCACUUUUCUCAAGGUGAAGUCAUCCCUGGCCCUUGUAUGGAUCUGCAAUGCUGGGGAGAAAGUGGGUGUCUGUUAGCCCCUUGCAUGCUGCAUGUAAAGUUCAGUCACAAUCUCAGUCUCUGCACUCAUUGCUCCAGAAGUGGUCAGGAGGAGAUGGAGCCAUGGCCCCCACGCUGUUCUGAACUAGCUCAUCGAUUUUUCUCCUUCAAUACAUCUUAUGGAUUUCAUUGUGCUAUUCACCAUUGUUUCCUUGGAUAUGUUUAUAAAGUGUAUUUAUGACAAAGCAGAAUUAUUGUUUUUUUAGAAAUGAUUGAUGAUUUUAGGUGCCUCCAUUUCUGGGUGCUCCACUUAAGAGACCUAAUGGGGCCUGAUUUUCAGAGGGCUGGUUGUUGUUUUUUUAAAUGAGGCCCCUUUAAGAUGUUUCAGACUGGGCACACCCAAAACUGAGAGACCCAAUCACUAGUCACUUUUGAAAAUCUAAGCUUAGAGUCCAAGUCUUGCUCCCAAUCAAGUCAACACCAGUUUUGCCAUUUACUUCAAUGGAGCAGUACCAUGCCUAUACAGAGUACAAAAGGUGCUAAAGAGGAAUAUGGAUCUGGUUAUAAGGGUACAUAUUUUCCCUGAAAUACCCACUACCUUUAUAUUCUUGCAGCUUUUAUUGUAUACUUGAGGCCACAUUUGACAGAAAUGUGAACUUAACACAAAAGAGUUAGCUGUGAGCCUCACAGCUACAUCCUGUUCUUUUUAGUGUGUGGAGGAAAACCCUUUCCUGCUGUUUUUCUUCUCUGGUUAUCCAUUGUACAAGUCAAGAAAACAGGAAAAUGUAACUUCUAGCAGCUGUAAAUGUUUUGAAUAGUUUGUAUAUGCUUCCAUUUCUCUGGACAAUAGUUGAAAGAAGCAGUGUACUCAUCCCUGGUUUAUUGGGAAGACCUGCAGAAAAUUCAUACUAACUAAUUCUUUGUUAUGACACCAAUCUAGUCAAGCAUUUAAGCACGUGAGUAGCUUUAAGCAUCUUUGUAAUCCCAACAAUAGGACUAAGAUUAAUGUUAUGCAUGUGCGUAAAUGCUGUGCUGGGUCAGGGCCUGUAUGAACAGUCAUACCAACAAACUUUAAAAUUCUGGGAUUAUUCAUUUUGCUUUGUGUCGUUUUCAAGAUGUUUAUAAUCCUCAGUCUUUCCCCAUUCAUUUUAUAGUGGAAGAUAUCCAGGUGUUUCCAUGUUAACUCUUUUCACCCAUAAUGAAUGGGAAACUAGAAAGUAUAGGUGUGGAACCAUAAAGCCAGUGUAAAAUCUCACAUAUUUAUUCAGAAAGGUUAAUAGUUCAAUCCAUAAUCCUGAGUUUUUAGUAUUAUAUAAAUUUUGUGUAUUCUGGUGUGUCUCACAGAAUUAUGAGUAAAAAAUUCUAAUCAGUUAAGGCCACCAAAAACAUUGAUUUGCUAUGUAUGUAGGUUUAGCUUUAACUGCCCUUUACCUCACCAGGUGAAACCUCUUGAGGCCAGUUUCAUCUCAGUGGAGUCACAUCAGUGAUGAAUUCAGCCCUUGCUUGCUUUUUGCCAUGAAUCAGUUUUCUUGAUUCAGGGCUCAAUGCAGAGCCAAUUGAAGUCAGUGGAAAGACUCCCAUGGACUUCACUGGGCUAUGGAUCAAGCCCUUGAAGUGAGUAGGAAUGGCAAAGGAACAGAUUAUGGUAUUUAAAUGAAGAGUCAGGAGAUCCCAAACGUUAAUGUGGGCUCUGUAUGUAUUUGCUCUGUGGAGCUGGAUGAGUAACUUCAAUUUCCUCCCUGUAAAUGGGGAAUAAUAGUGUUUACCUGCUAACCUCAUGUGGGCAUUGUGAGGACUGAUUUGUUAACACAUGUGAAAUGCUUUAAACACAGCAAGUGCUUUGUAUGUGUUGUUAUAUUCCUGUUAUGCCAGGGUUGUAUGCACAAACCUCCUCAGUGCUAAUGGGAAUUACCAGUGCUUAAAGUGCACCAGGUUUAAACACGAUACAGGCCUGGGAAAUACAAUUGCUAAGAAGCCAGCCAGCUUGCUGAGAUGCUCACAUUUUUAGUACCACCUGAGGAACGUCCUUCUCAUUGGCGGCUUUCUCGACUUGCCCACCUUUGGUGAAGAGCAGCUAAUCUGAGCAGCUGGAGGAAGCAGACCAGAGUCUUCUCCUUUUUCCCUUAGCAGCCCAGUACCAAUCUCACAGGAUGCACAAAGGGAGCGGAAAGACUCCAGCAUCUCAGAAUAGCUCUGAUCCUUCCUUCCCCUGCCCCUCCUGUGAGCAAUGGGACAGCUCCUCCCCAUCCCAACGCUACCAGGCCUGGGAAGGGAUACAAGAGGCUCUUGCUGUAGAACCUCCUCCCCUUUCCUCCAGGCCUGGGAAACCAGGAUGAAGAAUUCCUGGAGAUGCAGGAGGAACAGAGGUGAGGCUGGGUGGGCAGAACUACUGGGGGCAGGCAGAUGUGGUGUGAUAAGACCCCCCCACACACACUUUUUCAGAUCCUUUUAAUUACUGGUAAUUCCAUGUGGCUGCCCACAGGUUGAAAUAAUACAUGCCCAAAAAUGUUCUGUUCUUCACAGGUCACAGCAUCAUUGGUACAUCAAUGUUACAUUUGUGUAUGAUGAUAUUACAGGUGUUCUCAAACAGUGGUUUCCUUUUUUUUAACUUUAAUACCAUAAAUAGCAUUACCUCAGUGGAUACAUUGCUCUUCUGAUGGAAGCACGUACAAAUAAAAUCCAAAUGAAAUGUGUCAUUGAUGCUUUGAAAUAAACAUGAUGUUAAUACUUA